GCACAACACCACGAUAGCUCCCCGGACGCCUCCCGGUAUUGUUACUCCCUAGGGCUAUUCACAUCUUUACAACUCGGUGAAUCUUGAGAGAGGAACUCCAAUAUUGACGUCCAGAAGAGCGGCAGGGAGCUGGGAGGGAGAGACGCGCGCGGGAACGUGGAGAGCGAGCGGCUGGGGUUUCUGAGGGACACAUUUUGAGGUUGCACCCGGCUGAGGAUGGCUGAUCCUACCUCUCAGCCAGAACCGCCAGCACCUCAGGAAGUCAGUAGCGAGUUUAAGAAGCCGGUUUUGCCGGUGUCUCCGGCUGUGCGGAGCAAGGCGCCAGCCUCCAGUCCCCCCACCCCUGAGGAUGUGGAGAAGCAAUGUCCCACGGUGCUGCUGGACCCCGGCUGUAGGGAGCCUGAGGUCCCAUCGCCGACUCGGCCGGACAGCGGGGAGACUGGGAGUCCGCCGGAGGAGCAGCUCCGAUCCCCGCGGGUAGCUGCUGCUUCCGGCGUUCCGGCCCGGGCUCCGCCAUACCAAGAGCCCUCGUGGGGCAGCCCAGCCACGGCCCCCUACAGCCUCGAAACCCUGAAGGGCGGCACCAUCCUUGGCACCCGCACCUUGAAAGGGACGAGCUGCUGCCUUUUCGGGAGGCUUGCUAGCUGUGACGUGUGCCUGGAGCAUCCUUCCGUGUCCCGGUACCAUGCGGUGCUACAGCACCGGGGGUCUGAUCCCGACGGAGAAUCUGACAGUCCUGGGCAGGGCUUCUACCUCUAUGAUCUGGGAAGUACCCAUGGUACUUUCCUCAACAAAACUCGCAUCCCGCCCCGCACGUACUGUAGAGUCCACGUUGGGCACGUUUUCCGCUUUGGAGGCAGCACCCGGCUGUUUAUCCUUCAGGGACCAGAGGAAGACCGAGAGGCAGAAUCUGAGCUAACAGUAACACAGUUGAAGGAACUGCGCAAACAGCAACAGCUGUUACUGGAGAAGAUGAUGUUGGGGGAAGACUCUGAUGGAGAGGAGGAAACAGAUACCACGGAAGGGAAGAGAAAGGCCCAAGAUGAUGAGAUGGGUUGCACGUGGGGAAUGGGCGAGGAUGCUGUAGAGGAUGAGGCUGAAGAGAACCCCAUUGCCUUGGAGUUUCAGCAGGACCGGGAGGCAUUUUAUAUAAAGGAUCCAAAGAAGGCUCUCCAAGGCUUCUUUGACAGAGAAGGAGAAGAAUUAGAAUAUGAAUUUGAUGAGCAGGGGCAUAGCACUUGGCUCUGCAGAGUGAGAUUACCUGUAGAUGACUCAACUGGGAAGCAGCUGGUGGCUGAGGCCAUUCACUCAGGAAAGAAAAAAGAAGCGAUGAUACAGUGCUCACUGGAAGCUUGUCGCAUCCUUGAUACAUUGGGAUUGCUGCGGCAGGAAGCAGUAUCCCGGAAAAGGAAAGCCAAGAACUGGGAAGAUGAAGAUUUUUAUGAUAGUGACGACGAUACGUUCCUUGACCGGACUGGCCUGGUCGAGAAGAAGCGUUUGAACCGGAUGAAGAAGGCUGGGAAGAUUGACGAGAAGCCGGAAACUUUUGAAUCCCUGGUUGCAAAGUUAAAUGAUGCUGAAAGGGAACUCUCUGAAAUUUCUGAAAGGCUCAAGUCAUCAAGCAAAGCUCUAUCAGAAUCAUCAUCUCAGGAUUCUUUAGAUGCAUUCAUGUCAGAAAUGAAAUCAGGGAGCACAUUAGAUGGUGUGUCCCGGAAGAAACUUCACCUGAGGACUUUUGAACUAAGGAAAGAACAACAGAGGCUUAAAGGGUUAAUAAAACUUGUAAAGCCAGCAGAGAUCCCAGAACUAAAAAAGACGGAACUUCAGGCUGCAAAUACUGAAAACAAAGCUAAGAAACUUGUAUUACCUCUCUUUGGUGCCAUGAAAGGAGGAAGCAAGUUCAAGUUAAAAACUGGAACAGUAGGGAAGUUGCCGCCCAAGCGUCCAGAACUCCCCCCAGCGUUAAUGAAAAUGAAGGAUGAACCUGAAGUCGAAGAGGAGGAGGAAGAGGAGGAAGAGGAGGAGAAAGCAAAGGAGGAGCAGGAAGAACAAACGGAGGAUGGAAGCAGCAGGCUGCCUCAAGAGACAGAGAUGGAGCUGGAGAGAGCAGUGCCGGACCCGUGGGCUCGCACAGAUCCCUCUGGCUCCAGGGAGACAGAAAGCCACGAAACCAUGUCUCAACUCAGCCAAGCGGAACAGAGUAAAGAUCAUCAGGAGAUGGGCAAAAUAGCUUCGUCAUGUGAGGACCCCUCAGUAGCACCAGAGAAUGACUGUGGAAGGACCAGAGAUGAGCUGAAGACAAAGAAAGCCCCCGGUCCCGGCAAAUUCCCACCCAUACUGUCUUCCAAAUACCCCGAAGAUGAUCCAGACUACUGUGUGUGGGUUCCACCUGAAGGUCAGAGCGGGGACGGCAGAACCCAUCUGAAUGACAAGUAUGGCUAUUGACUGGUUCCCAGUCUCUCAGGAAGAGCUCGUGGACAAGCACAGGGUGUUUGGGGUGAUGCAGCCAGUCAUGCCAGGGACGUUCAUUGGACCGUUCGUGAGAUGGGGUGACCGCCCUUUUCCCCUGUAGCCAUUGGAUUCUCCUGAACUGUGCUGUGUAUAUUUAAGUGUGUGUGUAUAUAUGUAAAAAGGAACAGUGGACACUGAAAACUAGUAAAAUAAGAGACAUGACCCUA